AUGGUCGGUGGAGGGAAUCCCCACGGGAGUGCAGCGGGCCUCACUAACUCAAAGAACAACACCAGCAACAGCAAUAACAACAUCAGCAACAGUAUUAACACCAACACCAAUCUCCUCCGUCCUGCGGUGCUUGGCCUAAAGCUCGAUACUCCCACUGUGAGUGGUGAACCCCACGAGGCAUCUCAACAUCACCGUGCGAAGACUGUGCAGGAGAUUGUGGAUGCGGAAGAUAAAGAGGCCGAUGUGGCCGUCGUUGGCCGCUGCUGCACUACCAUCUUUCUCCCAAUUCUCUUGUUUAUACUUGUCGCUGGUACCUUUGUGGAUGUUGUCUACACAAGCGGUGGAUCCCCAGAGGUGGCGGGAGUCCCACGGGCGGUUCUCUUCAUUGUGGAGGGAUUUAAAGGCACAACAUUCACUUCACUGUUAGAACAACAACGACUCCCACACCUGCGACGGAUGCUGGCGGAACAGCAGGGUAUAUAUGCAAUCUGUACAACGGUAGAAGAUGCCCGUUGUGCUCGUGCGGCUGUAGUGGAAGAUGAUACCACUGGGGAAUCCUACAUCUCUGCAGCGGCGGGAAUGGCAAAUAUUCUCACAGGUGUUUCUCCACAUCGUCAUCGUGUUCGGAAUGACUCAUCCAAUGCAUUUAAUAUCUUUACAGAGACAUCUACACAGUUUCCAAGUGUUGCGAUGCGAGCGACAAAGGCGGGUUUGCGGGUUUUGGGACUCGGCGGCUCACACUUAUUGAAUGGACUCGUGCCAACAACAGGACAAUGUGGAGAAGUGGGUAUUUUAGAUGCCGAGUGUGCGGCUGCAGGAUCAUCAACAUCUACACCCAAUAAAGUGAACGGAGAGACGACACCGUUAUCAGGAUUUCAUUUCAAUAAUAAUAAUAAUAACGAUAAUAAUAAUAAUAAUAACCCUACAACAGCUACAAGAAGAGAAAAAAGUGAUGAGAGAAGUGAAGGAGGUGUAUCAUCCAUGAUGAGUUGUCUCCAUCAGCGUUCAUGCAAUUUGUUUCAACGUAUUCUCACACUUAGUGGUGGUCGUGAUGGAAAGGAAGAACGAGUAUUCACAGAACAACUAUUGGAUAUCUUUGGUGGUCUCUUCAGUGAGGAACAUGAAGGUUCGGGUGGAAAUAAUAACUUUGAUAACAGUCUUCUUAUAUUCCAUUUUAACGCACUCGCACGACGAACAGAAGAUCCUGAGUUGCCGGAAUUCACUUACGACAAGGAUUCCCUUGAAUACGCCGCCCAGGCAUUUCUGAUUGACAGUCUUAUUGGACAAGUCCUCACAUUUAUUCGUGAUCGUGCCUAUGCGAAGAAGGAGAAUUGGCUUGUAGUUGGCACUAGUGAUCACGGCGGUGUGGGAAAGUCCUUUGGUCAUUCCGGUGAUGAAGAUGAGGUGGUGCCUUUCUUUGUCGCUACCUAUACUUCCAACAGCCGUGGAUACAUAAAACUAAAGCCUCUUCUACGGCCCGCCACGCAUAUGGAUACAACUCCAACGAUAUUGAAAUGGCUUGGACUCCCACCAUACGAGGAACAAGAAGAAGAAGAAGAAGAGGAAAAGAGAGAGAAGGAGUACGUGGCUGAAGGAGGAAUCUCUGGAGGUGUGAAUAGCGAUAGGAAGAGUAGGCAAUAUAGUAAUGAUAAUAACAAUGCGAGGAUGGGAAGUACACAACCGGUUUCAACUACAUCUUUGGCUUCUACGGUAUUAUUAGAUGGUCGACCACAGGCGAUUUGUGGUUCCGGACUGCGACCACGGGAUUGCCCAGAAGAGAAAUGA